AUGGAUAAGGAACAAAUAACCUCAGAUAAUGAUCGAUUACCUUCUAUUGAUGAUAUUGUAUUAUCAGCUCGAAAUAAGGCAUACAAAUUAAUAUCAGUUAUUGGUGAGGGUGGCUAUGGAAGUGUUUUCUUGGCAAGAUGUGAGAAUGAUAAAAAAUCGAUGGCAUUAAAAGCUGAAAAAUUCAGCAAAACGGUAUUAAAAGUUGAAAUUGGUGUAUUACGUGUAGCAAAUCAACGACAUUGUAAGCAUAUCUGUAGGAUGUACGAUUAUGGUCAUGUGAAACAGGAAUUUAUGUUUGUUGUAAUGUCAUUGCUUGGACCAGAUCUAAAUAGGUUGCGCAAUCGUCAACCUGACCGACAUUUUACACUUCCAACAUCAACUCAAAUAGCAAUACAAACAUUAAAUGCUAUCGAAGAAUUACAUCAAUGUGGUUUUCUCUCACGUGAUAUUAAACCAGGCAAUUUUGCAAUUGGCAAUAAGACUGAUCAUCAACAUCAUUACAUUUUCAUAUUUGAUUUUGGCCUUGCAAGACGUUAUGUCGAUCAAAAUUUUGAUGUGUUACCAUCACGUGGUGAAAUGGGUUGGCGUGGUACAACACGUUAUGGUUCAUUAAAUGCGCAUCAUCGACAAGAUUUAUCACGACGUGAUGACCUUGAAUCAUGGUUAUAUAUGAUUGUUGAACUUACUAAAGGAUCACUUCCAUGGCGUUUUAUUACUGAUCGUUCACUUGUACAAAAAGCUAAAGAAGAUGCUCGUACAAUAACAAAACAAACAUUUUUUGAAAAAUGUCCACUUCAAUAUGAUCAAAUUUUGCAAAUUAUUGAUAAAUUACAAUUUGGCGAAACACCACCAUAUGCUAUUCUUUAUAAUAUUCUCAAUAAAAUCGCAGAAGAAAAUGGCAUUGUGCUAACAAUGAAAUAUGACUGGGAUGAUAGCUUAUCAUCGGGUACAUCUACUACAAAUGCAAUAAGUCCUGAUGAAAGUGCAUCAAGAAGUCAUAAAGCGGAAAAUAUUGGACAAGGCCGCCCAUCGUAUGAAGAUUUACGAGUAUAG